AUGCGCAGCGCCAACAUCAUCGGCCACACCUCCACGGGCGCUUGGGCCGGGAGCGUGUACGACGCAGCCGACAACGCUGCCAGCGACGCCAGCCCUGGAACGUCAAACGCCACUCCGACGUCGGCCAAGGGACCGACACCACACCUCACCCGCGUCGAACCAGACUUUCUCGUCGGCAGUGGAGACAAGAGAACAAGCGACAGGCAGAGCAACGCAGCGUUUGGAAAGAAUGUGGGUAAGGAGAAGAAGUCCAAAGACAAUAAGAGCAAGAGCAAAGACAAGUCCAAAGAGAAGAAGAGCAAGAGCAAGGACAAGUCCAAAGACAAGAAGAGUAACAGCAAAGACAAGAAAAGCAAAGGCAAGGAUAGUAAAGAGAAGAAGAAAAAGAAUGGUUUCUGUCCCUGGCUAAGCAGCAAAAGCAGCAAGAGUAGCAAGAGCACCAAAGAGAAAGGGGGAGGCAAGUGCAAGUCCAAGAAGGCCAAAAAAGGCUCCUCUAAGGAAGGCAGAUCGAGAUCCAGAAGCAAGGAGAAGCCUGGCAAGGCAAAGUCCAGCAAGGAGAAGGUGGGCAAAGGAAGCAAGAAGGCGGACAAAGGCAGUAAGGAGAAGGCGAGCAAAAAGCGGGGCUCCAAGAGGCACAGCAAGGAAAAGAGCAGCAAGGAGAAAGGCAACAAGGAUAAGCAAAGUAAAGAAAAGGAACAAAGCAAGGAGAAAAACAAGGAUAAGCACGGAAGCAAGGAAAAGCAUAGCAAAGAGAAGCGGAGUAAGGACUGCAGUAAAUCCAGUUUGGCCUUGCAAGAAUAAUCAUUUCAGGUGGAAUAUGUUCAAGGCAGGGAUAACGUUGGAGCGGACUUCAUGAGUAGAGCCAC